GCCUGGACCGGGGCCCGAAAAGGAAGGCAAGGCGCCUCUCCGUCCUUCUCGGGAAUGGAGGCCAAGCGCAGGGAGCCGAGGAAGGCGCUCCGGAUCAAAGUCAUCUCCAUGGGCAACGCGGAGGCGGGCAAGAGCUGCAUUAUAAAGCGCUACUGUGAGAAGCGGUUUGUGCCUAAAUACCUUGCAACAAUUGGUAUUGAUUAUGGUGUCACCAAAGUGCAGGUCCGGGACAGAGAAAUCAAAGUGAAUAUCUUUGACAUGGCUGGACACCCCUUCUUUUAUGAGGUCCGCAAUGAAUUUUAUAAAGACACCCAAGGUGUAAUCCUAGUAUAUGAUGUUGGGCAGAAGGAGUCAUUUGAUGCCCUUGAUUCAUGGCUUGCUGAGAUGAAGCAGGAACUUGGACCACAUGGCAAUAUGGAGAACAUUGUCUUUGUUGUUUGUGCCAACAAGAUUGACUGUUCCAAGCUUCGCUGCGUGGAUGAAAGUGAAGGCCGGCUGUGGUCAGAAAGCAGAGGCUUCUUUUAUUUUGAGACCUCUGCACAAACGGGCGAGGGAAUCAAUGAGAUGUUUCAGACUUUCUAUUCGGCCAUUGUUGAUUUGUGUGACAAUGGUGGGAAGCGGCCUGUGGCCAGCAUGAGCAUCAGUUUCACAAAGGAGCAAGCAGACACCAUCCGAAGGAUCCGCAGUAGCAAGGACAGCUGGGACAUGCUGGGUGUCAAACCUGGGGCCACAAGGGACGAGGUGAACAAGGCUUACCGAAAGUUGGCGGUCCUUCUCCACCCAGACAAGUGCAUGGCUCCUGGCAGUGAGGAUGCCUUCAAAGCUGUGGUCAAUGCCCGGACUGCUUUGCUCAAAAACAUCAAGUAAACAAGCAGGAAUCUGUUUCUUCUCCCAAGAGUAGGUGAUCAAGGCCCUGCUGAGCAGGUUGCCUCUCCUCCUGCUUAAGCGAGAGACAUCAAAGGGGCUUCCUGCUUCAAGCGAGGAUGGUGGGAGCAAAGCCCAGGGGAACUGCUAGAAGUAGCCUCCCCUUGCUGUUUGCAUCUCAUUCAUCUUGAAACGUUUCCUGUGCUGCUGCAAACCAACUUGGUGCAGGUUGCUUCUCUGGAGAGGAUUCCUAAAUCCACCUGGCUCCUGCAGCAACUACAGUGUUCUUUUCUUUCCCCUGUAGGGAUGGAGUUAACUCUAAAAUAUUUCCUAUUUUGUAUGUGUUUUGUGUUUUGUUAUGCUAAAUUUGGUGCUCGAGUUCAGCCUGAUCUGAUUUACCUUCCACUUACUCCAAGAUCUAGCCAUUUGCCACUUCUGUACAGAUUACUGUUAGACCACAUUUCUUCAGUAAUGGGCCUGUGUGUGCUCUGCCUUUUCCUCAGUUAUGUGGUAUUGUCAGGUAUUCUUUCCAAGCCCUUAGGGUACCUUAUGCUGCACAGAGAUGGAUAAGAAAACAUGACAGGACCGAGGUAUCAAAACCAACACAAGAUACGACUAGAAACAGUCCCUGUAGCACAGGCAUGGGCAAACUUUGGCCCUCCUGGGCAUUUUUUGUAGUCUGUCCAGCCCUGGGAUUAUUGGGGUAGGUUUAGGAUCUCAUUUUUUCUGUAUUAGAGGUUUGGUCAUAUGGUGCAGUGGGCAAUUUCCUGGUCUGAAUAGAGAACCAUUCCCAAUGCAGACCAGAAGAAAACCCAAAUUCUUGUUGAGUUCCAGGGAUGCCUUUACUAGGGCAGUAGGAGUUUUCUCUCAGUGGAAGAGGAUCUCCAUGGCUUCUCCCAUUUAAAGGUACAAAUGAAUAUUAAUUAAGAUGAAUCCUCUAGUUGUACACAGAUUGCUGUUGGCAAAGCUUCUCUUUUUGAUCUGUCUGUUGCUUCCCCAAAGACUUGCCUGUUCGUAAAAGGAAUGUAAACAAGAUUGGCCUUACAAUGUCUACAUUACAUUUCUUAAUGCAGGGGCAUAACUCAGAGCCCUAACCUUAGAAGCAAAUUGACCAGCGUAGAGACUAGAAUCUGGCAUUGGAGGAGCUACCAGAGUUUCAACAGCCUCUUGAGGCACCACUUUCAACAGUUAUUUUUCCAGCAAAAUGAGUGUCUAGCAAAUAUUGGAUAUGGAUAACCUGAGCACUAAAACUGAAGCAUCAUGAAUCUUACUCAGUACAGCAUUUUCUCCCUUCCAUUACAUAGUACUUGUGCUAAUGCUGCCCUUGGAACUCCAAAGCCAGGAAGCAGCAUUCCACCUCUGACAUGUUUCUAAAUGCGCGCCUAGUCUGUAUUAAGGCUAGGAAGACAAUAACAAGACAUGACUUUAUCUACUGAUCCACUCAAGCACAGCUUGGGAACUAAACUGUAAGACCAGAAUCCUGUUGGUGCACUGUGCUUUUGUAAACUCUCCUUAAUGCUGGUGUAGUGCACUUUUUUGCCUGCAAGUGAGGUCAUGGAAGGGAAAGCUCUUUCUGGCAGCAGGGAAAGCUUUGGAGCUGGCAGGGCAGCUUUCUCUGCUGACUGAGACAGUUAUCCCUGCUGUCCUGGUGUCCAUUUCCCCCUGGAAACUUGGGAAGAGUUUUUCCUGAAGCUUCUGUUUGGAAAGCUAUAUUUUUGUAAAUGGUCCAAAUAUAAAUUACAAUUAAGAGCUUUCUUAACUUAAGCUGAGCUAUGGAAAACCUCAACAAGUGGCCUUCCAGGCAGCCUGUCAUCCCUGAGAGAAGUGAACCUUUCCAUAAGAGCCAUGAAUCAAUUAGUCCUGCUAUGGAUAAGCCCCUCUCUACUAUAAGAAAGAAGCACAGAGCUUCCUGUUCUUCUUUUGUGGGUGGACUUUAUUUGGCCUUUCCUAGCAAUAUUUUUGAUGUCUAAAGAAUCAUAGAAUAGUAGAGUUGGAAGAGACCUCAUGGGCCAUCUAGUCCAACCCCCUGCCAAGAAGCAGGAAAUCGCAUUCAAAGCACUCCCGACAGAUGGCCAUCCAGCCUCUGUUUAAAAGCCUCCAAAGAAGGAGCCUCCACCACAGUCUGGGGGAGAGAGUUCCACUGCCGAACAGCCCUCACAGUGAGGAAGUUCUUCCUGAUGUUCAGGUGGAAUCUCCUUUCCUGUAGUUUGUAGUUAAAGGGUGAGUUCAUCCACCACAAAGAGUUUAUUUACCCCAAAAGCUCUUCCUUUUUUAUUAGUUUUAAACCCUAAAUUUUUCCUUUUGCCUGUUCUAUUUAUUAGAGAGCUAACGGUGUUAACUUUCACCCUUGUGUGCUAAGUCCACAAACAAGGAGGAGCCUUUUCUCUUGGGGUAGGAAGCCAGCCAUGGAGACCUCCCUUACUCUAUAGAAAAGGAAUUUUCACUUUGAGUUCAGAAUUCCUGUCUCAUGGACUGCUUCUUGAUCUCCUGACUUGAGACUCAAGUACCAGGAAGCUUUCUUUGGGUCUGAUAACACAUUUCGUGGCUUAGUAUGCAUUUCAAGCAGUAGCAUGGGGCUUCUCAGAAAGAGGUGUGACAGAGGUACAAAAGGAAUGAGAGAAAUACAAACAUGGGGCACCUCCCCCCCCCCCCCCCCACAAAUCCUGUGGAAGUUGGAGUCCCAAAUCCAGAAAAUCCUUGCUUACUCUCAUCAAGUUAAAAUGCUUGAAUUGGCGUUCUCAAGAUUGAAAUAGCAACAAGUGAUCUAGAUAAGUAUGGGAUACAGGUGAAUUAUGUCUCAUUUGAUUUCCGGGAAUCAUAUCUGUCUUGUUCUUUUAAUACCUUCCUUCCUGGAAACUUGCUUUCUGGAAACUUGCUGCCGGCUAUAAUCAAAGGAGGGUUGUUUCUUUCUCUCCACUCCUCUUUCUUUGCCUUGCUCCUCUUUCCUCACCUGCCCACCAUUCAUAUCUAGACCACCUUAGGGAAAUGUGAGAAUGGGAAGUGGAGGCAUGGUAGCUGCAUCUGAUUGAAAAUACAACCCCUCCCUUGCUCGCUUUGCUGUCCUUUGAUCCUUCAAGUCUAUGGUUCGUAAAUGUUGGUCUUCCAGAUGUUAUGGACUUUGGCUCCCAGAAACCCCAGCCAGCUUGUCCUAUUAGUGGGAAUCUUGGGAGCUGAAGUCUAAAACAACUUGGAAGACCAAAGUUUGGGAACCACUGCCUUAAAAGUAUAGAUUGGUAUGGAGUGGCUGGAAGAUUGGCAACUGGGCUUGCAGCGAGAAAGGGUGGAAAUUGCACACUUUUGCAGAUAGGACUUGUCAUUGACUACUUGUGAAGCAACCAUAUCAUGUGCAAUGCUCAUUCUGUGACUUUCAGGAAAUAAUGGCAUGUGGCCAGCAAAGUUCCAAUCAAGAGAGAUCCUCUUUCCAUAGCCUUGCUUUCUGGGACUUUUGAAAUUGACGAGGGUAAGCCCUAAUGGGCAUGUCUUGAUUGCCUGCAGCAGAAUCAGCUUUAUUUGUGAUCAGCUAAGGCAGGGAGAGACUGGAUUUCUUCCAGCCAAAAAUGAGGCUCUGGCCUGGACUGUGUAUAUAUACUAGUAUACAUUGUUCCACAUGUGCACUUUAAGCCCCAGGCGGAAGUUGUAUGCCUGCAGACUUCUGCAAACCUUCAGUCAUGUUCCCUCAGUCCUAGGUACCCCCCUUUAAAAGUGAAGUUCAAUUUUCUGAUCACUGUGAAUGCCUUGUAAUGUAAAAUCCCCAUGGACAGAUGGGUUUGCUGUAUAUUCUUGCAAUUGCACUUUCCUGCUUUUUUCUUUGUGUUUCAUUGUUGAGGUCUGCCCUUCCCCUUUCAACUCACAGGUGCUACCUCCAGUUGAGUUUGUUUGUGAUUUCUUGAAUUUCUCUUCCCAGACUCUUCCCUCUCACCACCUUCAUUCCAGCUCUCUGGCACCUACAGUCCAAAUAGAAUAUGGGGAGCUAUGGCUCCUUCUACACUGCCGUAUAACAUCCAGGUUAUCUGCUUUGAACUGGAUUAUAUGGCAGUGUAGACUCGUAGAAUCCAGUUCAAAGCAGACAAUGUGGAUUAUCUGCUUUGAUAAUCUGUAUUAUAUGGCAGUAUAGAAGGGGCCUCCAUUCCUUCUUGAGGAACUCAACAAUCAGAGGGAUUGCCAUGGAAAAUAGACUUCCUUGUCACACAACUGUCUCAAAGAUAAUGUGCCACUUGUUUUUCAGGAGCCUUAUAUAGCUCUCUGGGAUAGAUUUUCCUGCCCACGUUUCUUUGGCAAUAUCCUAUCACCCUGGAAUUGUUCACAAUGCUAAAAGGACAAUCAAAAUAGCCAAGGAGGUUUGCAAUUCUAAACUGGGUGAGAAGGCAGGUGAAAUCCAAUGAAAUUUUGACUAAUCCAGUAAAAAGUUUUGUCUUCCUCUUAAGGCAGAUACUUUCCAUGGCUUUCAUUCUUAUGACUUGCUACUUUCAGUCCCUUUUUUGCAGGGUGAAAAGCCAUUCCCUUUUCAUUUCCACAAGGCUUUCAAAGCUGCAGUCAGCUCUCCGUUUGCAGGACAGACAUUGCGGAGGACUGCUGCUGGGUAACGUGGAGCUGCUGUAUUCAGAUGGCAGAGCACCACCUUGUCUAAACCAAAGUACAACAGGAGAGAGUUGGAACUCUUAAAUGACGUGAUGGCGAUGUAGCGGAGUCAAAUCCUGCUCUUGGAAAUUUUCAUGGGCAGUUGCUUUUUGCAUGUUUGGUUUGAUGCUGAUAAGGUGAGCAGCUUAUAUGGAAAGUAACCACUUUGCUUGUGCGGCUACCAUCUUUAGAUGCUUUUGUGGAGCUGCUUUUGUUGGAAAUCUUGCAUGGUCUCCAUGUGUCACUCCUGUAGAGACUGGAUCUGGAUAGAUAGGAAAGGGAUUCUGUAUGGGACAGGGAACACAGAUACGGUGGGCAUGCAUUUAAACAUCCCACCCACUAAUGAACCUCGAAUCACAAGCAUUCCUGGCCUUCAGAUCAUAUUUCUCUGCAAAGUUGUUCCCUCCAGGCAAGUUUUUGCUUCUUAAUUGACAAAAAAGGGAAAUACAGGGUUGGUAAAUUCCAAACCAUUACAGGCAGAGAUCUUUUUCUCCCCUCAAAUCGUUUUCUACUGUUUAAAGACACUCCUUGGUCUUCCUUUUGUGAUGUAUGGAUCCAAAUGCACUGUAUUUAUUUUGUAAGUAUUAGUCACAGAAAACACUCUAUACUAUAUAUCUACAGAAAGUGUUGAGCAGCUUGAAGUACUGCUGCUGAAAAAUGCUGAGAUGAUGACACCUGCAUGUUCACGUAGAGGAACUUUCUUUUAAAUUCUAUGUAUUAUUUUUUUACAAGAUUAAAUCAGAUUUAAAACACUA